AGAAAGACAGGAGCCGUUUAGUUUUCAUCUUAUAUUCAAAGUGUUAAGUGUUAGUGAUAGAAAGAAAGAAAAAAAACAACCAUGAGAAAUUUCAAUAACACGGGAGGAACCAAAAAAAGUAACAUCAACCCUAGUCCAACAAUCCUCAAAUCCCCGGAAGGAGUGAUGACAAUGACUGCUUCAUUAUGGAGUCCUUUCACAUAUGUUCAAUUGAGAGAGCUGGAAAGACAAAUUAUGAUUUACAAGUACUUUAUGGCUUGUGUUUCUGUUCCUGCUUAUCUUCUCUCAUCCAGCCCUGCCUCAACAACUAGUAACAUUACUGAUCCAGUGGAAGGUAGAUGCAGAAGAACAGAUGGUAAAAAAUGGAGAUGUUUGAAAUAUGCUACUCCUAAUAACAACUAUUGCGAGCGACAUAUGCAUAGAGGUAGUGGCCGUUCAAGAAGAGGUAGUGGCCGUUCAAGAAGAUCUGUGGAACUUGGCAUGAAUAGUAGAGGAAAUUGUUCAUCACAUUUUCUUGCUUCCAGGGCUUCUCAUCCUUAUCUCCAACCCUCCUUUUCCUGUGAUAAUCACCGCUUUGGUCUCAGAUUAGCUCCAUGUUUUGACCCUUCAAACAUGCAACUAAGGAUGCUGAAUGAAGAUCCAAUGUCUCUUGGUGCUUCUAACUCAGGAUGGCACAACAACAUACCUGUGAAGUCACUUCCACAAUCUAAUACUCUCUUGUUAUAUAAUCCACUUCUUGUUCCUCUCCAAUCUGAAAAGCCAAGAGGGAUUAGUUGCAAUGCCUCUGCAUCUGCAUCUGUUGAUCAAUCAAUGAUGGAUCCACUAGGCGAAAUGCUGAAGCAAAGCAAUACCAUUUCCAUUAGUGACUCAAGCAGCACGGAUUCAUCUUCUCCGGUUGAAUUCGCUGGCACAGGAGGAGGAACAUGAAAAUCAUCCCUUGUAAUUUUAUUAUAGUGCUUCCUUCCCUAGAAUAAAAAAUUAAUGCAGUAAGGUUUGUUUCCCUAGAAUAAAAAAUGAAUGCAGUAAGGUUUGUUUGUUGUGUGGUACAGACUCAAUUGUUGUCACCAUAUUUUCUUAUUUUCUCAAUAGAAGAAGUAAGUUCAAUCUGAACAAUCAUGUUUAUUCAUGGGAACAUCUUUCUGUCU